UGGAAUUAAAAAAAAAAUGAAUGAAUGACACACUUGUUGCUUGUUUGUCUGGACGGCUGUCCUUGCUGUGUGCCACGAAUUUCCCCUAAAGCUUUUUCUUCUAAAACUUUCCCACUUUCUCUUUCUGAGGAACUCCGAGCACAUCUUAACAGCGAUUUACCAUACCCUGAAAGAAAGUCAUCUGGGAUUCGACCAUGCCUGCAGCAACGGGACGCACAGAUCCACAGCUCCCUGGAUCAGACUCGUGGUCAACUCUUCUCUGCGUCUCAAGUCCGCCGCCGUACACAGUGAGCCACUGGGCGAGCUGUUAACAGCAGAAAAGCCAUCCAUAUGGAGCCAGCAGAGCCUCUGAACAUGAAUCAUUACGCCACUAAGAAGAGUGUGGCGGAGAGUAUGCUGGACGUGGCUCUGCUGAUGGCCAAUGCGUCUCAGCUGAAGGCUGUUCUGGAGCAGGGCCCAGAUUUCAGAUAUUACCUGACCGUCAUCAUCCUCAUCGGCGCUUCGCUCUUCUUCCAGGUGCUCGCCGGUGCCCUCUUCGUCAACAUGGCUCGCAAGAACCUGAACAACGUGGCAAAUCAGAGGAAGCUGGACAUCAUGAAUAAUGUGGCCACGGGUCUGGUGUUUCUCACCGUCAUCAUCAACAUCUUCAUCACUGCAUUCGGCGUGCAGAAGACAGGUCUCUAUCCUAAGCAGUAAAUAAUCUAGUCUCAGUAAUGGAUAUGAUGUCACAUUCUUCAGUCCAGCCAAUCAUAAAAGACUUCCUUCUUCUUUUGAUAUUUGUUAUGCUAUGUAGAAAACCUAUUUAUUUCACAGAGGGCAUUACAUUAGAGUCUCAUUCUCAUAUGAAACAACAUUCAUAUAUCAUAGAUGUCUAGAAGAAAAACUGUAAUCAAAUAACAUUAAUGCAUUAUUUAAUAAGUGUGAUAUAUUCAUGCUGACUAUAAACUAACAAUAAAUGUUCAUUAUAAAAACAUUGCUCCACUGUC